AUGCGGCGGCUGGCACAGGAUGCUAAUCUGCAUCAGAGGAAGUGGCAGGGCAGCGGUGUGCAAAUGAGCAGGGUUGACCCCAUGCCCUAUCAGGAGGAGGAGUGCCCCGAGCAGCCGCUCUGGCGGUCGGUACUCCAGUUCUGCUGCAAGGGGAUGAUCGAGGGCAUCAUCGUCCUGCUUUUCAUCUGGCUGCUGGUGCAGGUCCUGUUCACCAAACACCAGGAAGUUCACUUACAGCUCCUGCUUGGAGUGGGUCUGGCUCUCUUCUGUUUGAGCCUGAUUCUGGGCUGCGUUCUAUGCGGGUGCUGGAGGAGGUCCCCUCUGUCCCAAGACAAGGAGGCUGUGAUUGCUCCUCUUCCCACGCCUUGUGAUCAACCCCUAAGCUCCUCCCCCUCUGGUGACACCACACCGGUCGAGCAGCGGUAUGAGGAACUGGACGGGGACACCCUGGAGCAGCCCUCCUCGCUGAGCUGCUCCACCCCGUCUGACGGCGACUCUGUCGACCUGCCGUUCAUCCCACGCCCGCGUGCCACCUCGGAGCGGAACGAGCACCCCAAGUCCUUCUUCCCCCUGCGCCGACUUGGCUCGUCCGUGGCCUCGCUCUCGUCACGCACAGCCUGUGGCCGGUCCUCCCUGUCCUCCCUGCCCAGGCUGGGCCUGCUCUCCAUUACCCGGCGGGUGCUGGAGCGCCGCUGCACUGUGACGGGCGACAGCCUUCUGCACAGUGAGCACAGCGGGCUGACCAGCCCCACCCUCAGCACUCUCUCCUCAGAUUCUGUGUUCCAGCCCCAGGCUCUGUCAGAGGAGCUCUACUUCCGCCAUUACGGCUCUGGUUGCAGCAGUCGCGAACCAGCCUCUCAGCUGCACUUCUCUCUGCUCUUCUCUCUGGCUCGGGGCUCUCUGAUGGUCAACGUCCUUGGCAUAUCGAGAGUUCCUCCGGUCAGCCUGGGAGGGGUUUCUGUGCAUGCCAGCCUGCCCCCACUCUGCCCCACCCCUAAGAAGUUAUUGAUCCAGCGAUGUAGCCUAAGCCAUGAGUUUCAGAGCCAGAGCUUCACUUUGCAAGUGGGAUCGAUUGAGGAGCUCCAGAGAUGCACGCUGCAAAUGUCCAUCUUUGCCCAAGAUUUGUCUGGCCUAAAGGAGGAGCCACUGGGGGAGCUAGAGCUUCUGUGUUCGGAACUGGACUGGGAGCCCAACCACACCAUCCCCUGCAGUAAGGAGCUAAGCCCAUCAACAUCCAGGGUUAAAAAGAGUUUGAGUUCCCCAGACCCACCAGGUCCAAGGCUAUUGGCCGGCUCUCAGGAGCCUAUUGGUCAGCUCUAUAUCCUGCUGCAGUACCAGGCCAUUGCCCAUCGCAUUAAGGUCAUGGUUCAGAAGGCAGAAAAUUUGGCCAUGCUGACCCAAAUGACGGGGGCGCAAGAUCACUAUGUGGUAAUCAACCUUCGUCAUGAGGGCAGGGUGAUUGGCUCGAAAGAGACCAAAGGGACAGGCGGGUACGACACGGUGUGGAACACCCCCUUCCUAUUUGACCUGCCACCUGGCGAUGUCACUCAGCUGCCCCUUGUCCUGGAAUUUAUAGUCAUGCAGGGGCGGGUGUUUGUAAAAAGCAGCGAGCUGGGCCGUGUUCUGAUUGGCAGUGUGGCGCCCGAGGCAGGGCAGGCUCACUGGUGGGACAUGUGUAGCAGGGAGCAGGUGGAGACAGCACGCUGGCAUGCUAUCCAGCCUAAAUCACCAUAG